AUGACAACUCAAGCGUUCACAACUACGUGGCGCUUUACUGUUUCGUGCGUGGCAUUAUACUGCUACCUGGUGCUAUACUGGUACUUGGAGCUAGACUGCUACGAAGUGCUAUACUGCAUGGUGCUAUACUGCUACUUGGUGCUAGACAACUACGUAGUACUAUACUGCAUGGUACUAUACUGCUACUUGGUGCUAGACAACUACGUAGUACAAUACUGCAUGGUACUAUACUGCUACUUGGUGCUAGACAACUACGUAGUACAAUACUGCAUGGUACUAUACUGCUACUUGGUGCUAGACAACUACGUAGUACAAUACUGCAUGGUGCUGUACUGCUACUUGGUGCUAGACAACUACGUAGUACAAUACUGCAUGGUGCUAUACUGCUACGAAGUGCUUUACUGCAACAUUGUGUUAUCCUGCUACGUAGUGCUACACAAUCACAACACGCUUUACUGCUAUGAAGCGCCACUAUACUACAUCAUAGUAUACUGCUACUAUAUACUACUACUACGUGAUGCUAGAGUGCAAAUCUUGAUAUGA